AUGGCUUCGACCGAGGCUCAAGUUACGGCUCCAAGUUUGACAACACCAAAAAGAGGAUCGAGAGGGCUUUUUGGACUUGGUUAUUACUCGUUAACAAAACUAGUGGCAGCGGAAUCUAGUUUGCUUUCCGCCGUUGCUCAUCGAUUAAUUUCACGCUUCAUUCCGAUACGUUUCAAGCAGAGUGAUGUCUACACGAUUACAUUGGAACCAGAAGAAAAAUCAAGCGACAAUGUGCCAAUUGUUUUAAUUCAUGGAUUUGCGGCUGGAUCCGCAGUUUGGUGUGCACAACUAGAAGCGUUGGCAAAAAGGCGUACUGUUCAUGCACUUGAUCUCUUAGGUUUCGGAAGAUCUUCACGGCCUGCAUUUUCCCAAGACGAAACCCUCGCAGAACUUGAGAUGGUUGAAGCGAUUGAAGAUUGGCGAAAAGAAAUGGCUAUAGAGAAGAUGACUCUUGUGGCGCAUUCUUUUGGGGGUUACCUUGCUUCAUCAUACACCCUCGAACAUCCAUCACGGGUAAAACAUCUUAUUCUGGCCGAUCCAUGGGGGUUUCCCGAAAAACCUCCACCAAAUGAUAAACAGAUUCAACCAUAUCCUUGGAUGCAUUUCGUUGGAGGCGUUCUUUCAUUCUUCAAUCCGUUAGCCAUUUUACGUGUUCUUGGACCGUAUGGACCUUCUUUGGUUAAAAAGCUACGACCCGACCUUAGCGUUCGUUACAAAGGAACUAAUCCGGAUGAUAUCUACAAUUACAUAUAUCACAUAAAUGCUCAGCCACCAACAGGAGAAACUGCUUUCAAAUCGAUGACUCAUACUUUUGGCUGGGCAAAGCGACCAAUGAUUAGAAGGUUUAAUGGAAUCAGCGAAAAUGUUCCGGUCACGUUUAUCUAUGGAUCCAAGAGCUGGAUUGAUCCGCAACCCGCCUUUGAGAUUCAAGCUACACGAAAUGGCUAUGUUGACAUUCAGAUCAUUCGGGGGGCGGGCCAUCAGCUUUAUGCAGACGAACCAGAAUCAUUCAACGAGGUUGUUUUGUCUAUAAUUGACAAAGAUGCGCACGAGAAUAAAACUUCCGACGAAGAG